ACAAUAUCGCGAGAGACGUGUACGUUAAACGAGAAUUCAUCAGGGGUGAAGAAAAGACGAGAAGCUAGCUAGAGAAAACCAGGCUGGGAAAAAGGUAGAGAUAUAUACAUUUGGUUAUUAAUUUACCAACUUCGUGUACAUAAAGAUGUCAGAUGAUCUAAUGAAACAGUUAUCCAGCUACAAAGCUCAGCUGCAGCAGGUGGAAGCAGCGUUAUCAUCCGAUGCUGACAAUGAGGACCUGCUCAAACUUCAGAAGGACUUACUGGAAGUCAUCGAGCUGACCAAUGACCUGCUGUCCAGCCAGCCGUCGGCCGCCCCCGCCAGCGCGGACAGCUCCGCGGCGCCCCCCCCGAGCCACGCCUGGAAAGUGGGCAACCGCUGCAUGGCGGUGUGGAAUGAGGACGGACAGUUGUACGAAGCCGAGAUCGAGGAGAUCGACGAGGAGAACGGGACGGGGGCCAUCACCUUCAUGGGCUACGGCAACGCCGAGGUCAUGCCCCUCGCCAACCUCAAACCCGUGGAGGAGGGCAAGCGCUCGGACGAAGACGGGAGCAAGUCAAAGUCCAGGAAGGAGCAGAUCGCCGAGCAGAGGGAGUACAAGAAGAAGAAAGCCCAGAAGAAGGUGCAGAGGAUGAAGGAGCUCGAACAGGAGAGGGAGGACCAGAAAUCGAAAUGGCAGCAGUUUAACAACAAAGCGUACUCCAAGAACAAGAAGGGACAGGUGAAGAGGAGCAUAUUCGCGUCACCAGAGAGCGUAAACGGAAAGGUCGGCGUGGGAACGUGCGGAAUCGCGGACAAGCCCAUGACUCAGUACCAGGACACGUCGAAAUACAACGUCCGGCAUCUGAUGCCACAAUAACGGCUAUUUUUAUUUAUUUUAUUUUUUUUAGCAGAUAAUGUUUUUAUGUUCUCGGUAGGCUGUUUAAGCAGGAUCAGAACUUGCCAAGCUGUGUGUUUCUAUGAACUAGUUCACUCAAAGAAGUUUUGGGGGGGGCGAACAUAAGGAUUGACUUCUUGUAAUUUGAGUCGUGCUUGAAUUUCAAAGCUGCAGUCCCCGCGUAGCGUAAAUCCAGAGUUUAGACAACACAGCUACACCAGUUCCGUAGUGUUCAGACUUUAUAAACAUAACAGCCUAGCCUCCGUAGAAUGUCCAAAGUUGAGAUAAAAACAACCCAAAUUCUAGAAUUUUCAGACCCGAAUUCUUUACGAUUUGUUGUUUUCCUUGUGUAUCUCAUUCCGUUGUUUAAUUUAAUUGCCAUAUUUAAAAGUUACCGGCUUUGGUGCGAAACAGGUCUGUCUUAUCCUCCAGCCACACAGUGCAGUUUCUAAUAUUAUUAAAGUAAUGUUCGUUUGCUUCCUGUGGAUUUGGCUCAAGGUGUUUGUGUCUACUAGGAAACAGUUGAACAGACAAAACGCGAGAUGAGAAUUCAGUGAGAUUAGCUUUGCUUAAAAUGCACUGAGGGGGACGUCAUGAGGAAAUAAAACUCAGGGAAUGUGUUCUUUUGGACGUACCCAGGGUUAUGUAUCAGAUCCACCAAUCAGGGCCACCGGUUUGGUGCAUGCUGGGUAUGUUUAAGGAAACACUUUCUGUGGGCUUCGUUGAAAAAUACGUACCCUGUUUUAUCUUCGAAGCUUUUAUUUUGUGUUCCAGUUGAAUAUAUAUGUUGCAUGACGAUGGCAAAUUAAAGUGCUGCCAUUUUCCAAAGAGCAGAUUCUUGGAUCUUGGAUGCCCUUUAAAGUCACCUUGUCCCCAGUUGUUUUUUUGUUUUUUUGUUUUUUUUGAUGUACCCACAAUGCCGUUGCUCUGAAAUCCUGUAAAUCAAGUUGUUUUACAUUGUCAGUACCUCUGUCCCAUCCGCUGUCCCAUCCGUGUGAGAACCACAUUUUUAGGCUCAAGAAAAUCGUGUAGUUAGUGUUGAGAUGUUUGUUUUUUUGAUGUGGCAAGGUAAACUGGGGUGCAAGUUUCAAAGAACUGUUUUUUUAUUUUUUUAUUUUUUUAAUAUGUUAUUUUUUUCUGUGUGGGGGAUGUCAUUGGGUAUCUGCAAAGUAAGCUUAUGUUAAUGCAAACCUGCUUUUGCAGGACUGUGAUUUUUACUAAAUGUUGCUUUUCAGUUUUGUACAUUACCUUUUAUGAAAUAAAUGUUAUGGUAUAACAUCCAUGAA